AUGUCACAACCACAACAGAAUAUCCCUAUGGACGAGCUAAAACAAAAACCACAACUUGCACUAAACGAUGAACCAAUAACAAGGGAACCAAGAGCUACCGAAGAAAUGAGACAAGAACAACAAAAACCAGAGCUAAACAGGACAGGUUCCUCAUCUUCAAGUUCAGAAAGUGAAGACGAAGUUAAUUCACAUUUCACAGCCCAAAGUGGCUAUCAACGUGAACACAACGAAUGUACUGAAUUUUGUGUUGAAUGCUGUACUUGUUUUGGGGUGGUUAGCUGUUGUCCAAGAAGUGGUGAAGGAUGUAUCACUACCAUGGCAACUUUCAUUGGAAACAUGCUUUUUGCAUGUUGCAAGUGUUGA